AUGAAUUGUAAAUUUACGAAAUCAUUUUUUGAUGAUUUAAAGCAUGUUGAUUCGUUUUGGGUAAAACAGCCAAUAAUCAUUGAAGAAUCGAAAAUAGAUUAUUAAUGUCUAUUGUUCAAGAAAAGCUAUAAAACUGGAUUUUGGGUUAGUAGAAAUUACUUAAUCUAUGAUUCUUAGUUAGUUAAAGUCAAAGUAAUUCAUAUAUUUUUAUAUAGCCAAACACAAGAUAAUGUCAUGUUGUAAAUCUAAACCUUUCUAGAAUUCAAAAGUUAAAAUACGAAAAUAAACAAGAGAAGGAAAGCUUUAAUAAGGUUUAAGUGCGUAUUCAAUUUUUUAGAAGAAAUAUGGGUUUCGUUUAAUCCGAAAUAAUCAAUACAGAGAGCUCUAUAGUAGAUCUAAAGAACUGAAUUAAUAACUUUGGGAAAAUUUAAGGAAGUGUGCUAUUCUCACAUAAUUUAAGGAAGAUUACACUCUAGGAAAGGUUAUUGGAAAGGGCAACUUUGCAACAGUUUAUUAGACUAUAAAUAAAGAAACUAAGAAAUUGUAUGCUGUAAAAGUAUUUGAAAAAUCUAAAAUCAAAAAUUCUGAAACCGAUCAAUUAGCUUUGGUUAAAGAAAUGAGUAUAAUGAGAAAGAUUAAUCAUAAGGGUCUUAUUAAAUUGCAUGAGGUUUAUGAAGAUGAUUCCAAUGUCUUUUUUAUUUUAGAAUAUUUAGAAGGGGGAGAAUUAAAUAAUCAUAUUUAAAAAAAUUAAAAAUUCCCUGAAAAAGUAGUUGCCAAAAUUCUGGCUACAAUAUUAGAUUCAUUAGAUUACUUAUAAAAGAAAAAUAUCUUGCAUAGAGAUUUAAAACCUGAUAAUAUAAUUUUAAGAAAUAAAGGUAUCUUAGAAGAUGUUGUUAUUACUGAUUUUGGUUUAGCAGAUAUAUAUUCUUCAACUGGAAACUAUAUGUUCUCAAGAUGUGGGACUCCAGGAUUUGUUGCUCCAGAAGUAUUAUAGGAUAAAAUAUAUGAUCACAAAGUUGAUUUAUUUAGUGUUGGUUGUUUAAUGUACUUACUUCUAACUCAAAAACAACCAUUUAGAGGAUCAAAUUAUGAUGAAAUAGUAAUGAAAAAUUAUCAUUGUAAAGUAGAUUUUCAAUCUAUUGAUAAUGAGAUAUCAUUUGAUGCUUUAUCAUUAUUAAAAUAACUUCUUCAUUCUAAACCAUAAUUUAGACCUUCAGCAAGAAUAGCACUUAAACAUAAAUGGUUUUAAAUUAAUUUAGAUGAAGCUCGAUUUAAAGAAUUAAAUUGUGAUCUUUCAGAUACAAAAGAUUCAACCAUUAAAUCAAGUUUAAGUGAUAUACCUUUUUUAAAUCUAAUAUAAAAUAAAGCUUCUAAACAUAAUUUCUCGACUCCUCAAUAAAAUUAGAUAAGUCAGAAAGGCAAAGAUUCAUAAUUAUUUACUCCAUAAGUAAUGUAACAAAUCGAUGAAUCUUUAGAUGAUAACAUUAAUUCUAUAAAAUUAUUAGAUGAUACUAUUACAGAUAUUUAGGUUGAGGAUGAAUCUCCAUAAUCACAUCUUCUACCCAAAUAUUAAAUUAUAAGCAAAUUAAAAUUAGUUGUAGAUUCAAAAGCUUCAUCAUUAUAUGGAUCCCCGAUGAUUUUGGUAAUUUAGAUAUCUAUUAAUAUAUUAGAAUACUCCUGAUGUGACUUCAAGAAAGUUAACUUAAGGUAAUUAAAAAGAUGAGGUUCAGCAGAUUUAACCUCAAAAAUUAGCAAAUAAAGUAAUGAAUAAUUUAAAAAGUCUUGAAUCUUAAUGA